UGGCAAAGGCGCAGCUUCAGUUCACUUCAAGUAUCUGCGGCGACAGGACGUGAUCUUUCGCUUCGCUCCGUCCGUGCGUGACCUACGUGUAGCCGAGUGGCGAGUGUCGACAGCGAGUUUCGCGCGUGUGUCAUCACCCAACAGCAUCCGAAUCCGAGUGCGUGAGCCUGUGUUCGGGAGAGUUUAUUGUGAAGAAAACCGUAGUUUAACAGUGAAAACGUAGCUGUGCUGAACGUGUCAAAAGGCUGACGAAACUAGUUUGCCGAAACAUAAAGGCCUGGCUGUCUGUGCAUCCUCCGUUGGCAUUGGAAAAGUGACCCAGAAACAUCCGAAAUUCAAAAUCCCAACUAGUGCUAGUGGUUAGUGUGAGCUUGACAGCGAAUCUGCUCAAUAGUUUUUGAUUUACCAACAAAAAAAAACCUGUGCCAAUCCGUGUCUGAGUGUGUGCCGCGUGCCGUGUGUGUUUUGAUAGGUGUAUUGUAUUGACACUGGCCGUCACACCGUGUAAUUGGUAAUAAAUGUCUCGCGCCAGUUGCGCCUUUACAGCGAACCGCACCGUAAUUGUAUGAUGGAUAAUCCGAGCUAUGGAUCCGCACACAUGUCUUCGCCAGCGCUGGUCGUUUUCUCGCAAGCAACGAAUGGAUUAAGUGACGCCCUGCGCAUUCAACGCCCUUUUCACUCGCAACUGCCCGACGCCAAGGACCUGCACCAUCUCUCACUGAUGAGCGGCUACGGUGCACACCUCCUGCACGGCUUCCAGCCCCACUUUCUCCAUCCGCUCAAUCCGGCCGUUUCGACCGCGAGCGGCACCAGCCCGUUCAGUGGCGGCGGUGCAUUCGUCAAACCGUUCCCGUCCAACCUGCCCCUCCCGUCGGCCUUUGCGCCACCGAAAUGUUUGGGGUUCGGCAUCGAUCAAAACAUUUUCUCCAAGGGACUGCUGUUCGGUUCGUCCGGGUCGGGUUCCGAAUCCUUCCGGACGGACUCGUCCAGCCCAGCCUGCACAUCGCUGUCGCCGCCCGCCAAGGACGAAUCGCUCGAGGGCCAAACGAGCGAGGAUGGGGAUCGCGAGCGGGACCGUAUCUGCAGCCCGGAGCGAAGCCCCGAAACACCCGGCUUUAGGCGAAUCGGUCCACCGAAGAAAUCGUUCGUCGGCACACCACCACCAAACGCGUGCCCCAUCUGUGGCGUUCAGCUCUCACCAAGUGACCUGGAGACCCACUUUUCGGCGGAACUGUCGCGGCUUACGAAGAUGACAACACACGCCGAACGGCUGGAGCUGCGGCGGACGCUCAGCGUCGAUCUGCACACGGUGCAAAACAAUCUGCAGGGCCGGACAAGCCGUUGGGAGACGUUCAAAAAUAUUCGCAACAAACGGCAGGAUCGGUUGCGCGGUAAGCUACGGAAGCGGAAGUUUGACGGGGAGGACGGAUUUGGGCUGCAGCUGACAAACAUCAACUGCCAAUCGUGCCCGGUGUGCCACGGCCGGUUACAGCGAACGCAGGAAGAGAUAGCGCAGCACAUCGAGGAAUGCGUCCGCAAGACUUUUACCACUCUCUAUCCUAUUCUCAAGCAACAGCAUCAGCAUCAGCAUCAGCAAUCGCAACAGCAGCAGCAGCAGCAGCAACAGACUCCGCCAUCCUUACACGCAUCACACCCCCUUCAUCCUCAACAUCCACACCAUCAUCACCUUCAGCAGCAGCAGCAGCAGCAGCAAACGUCCCAACAGCAAGCGUCACAACCCGCCAAUCAACAGCCCACCCCGCAAGACGAAGACGAAACGGUCGACGUGGAAAGCUACGGCGAUGAGACAUCGAACGGUGCGAUCAACAUGUCCUCGAACGUGAUCCAUCACACCAGUGCGGCCAGUAUGCUCCAUCAUCCGGGCAAUGCCACCAACAACAACAACAACAACAUCAUCAAGCCAGACAACCAGGCAAUGACGAAGCUGCCGAUGGAGGAGAGUGCGAUCAGUUCGCUUUCGUCGAUCGUACCCCACUGGGACCGGAAGUCUCGUCUCUCGAUCCCACUUAACUGUAAGCCUACGAUUGGAGAUGAAACGCGACCCUGGACAACGGUGGUAAAGCCGCGACUCUUGGGUCCUUUCGAAGGUGGUCCAGGUGCCGGCUCACAGCAACCGUCCAGUGGUCCACCAUCGGCUACCGAUCACUCGAUCACGCGAGUUACUCCAACCAGCAGCGAUCAGCGCAUUGACGUCGACUAUGAUCAGGAGCACGACCAUAGCCAGGACAUGGUGACCGACAACGACGAGGAGGUGAUCGUCGACAACACGGACGACGAGGAUUGCAUGAAGCGACCCCGCCCGACACAGCUGACCCAGCUCAAUGGACACGGUCCACCGGGGGCUAACGGACUCGGAGACAAGAACAGCACCGAGGAAGCAACGUCCUCCGUCGAGAUCGAUUCGGCGACCGAUUCGAUGCCAUCGCGUACUGCCGGCACUACCCCCAACUCGGACUCGUACGUCAGCACGUCGGAGUCGGCCGAACCGUCCUCCAAGGCACAGGUCCUCGAAGAGCUUAAAGCCCGGAUACGGGAACUGGAGGGUUCGCCGCACUACAAGUGUUUCAUAUGUAAGGAAAAAUGUAAAACAUUAAUCAUAUCGAAAAUCUGUGGCCACUAUCUCUGCGAGGAGUGUUGGAUAACGGAAUCGGAAUCGUCCAAAUCUUGUCCCCGGUGCAAGAUCAUUACAGCGAAUUCUGAUUUUAGAAAAAUUCAUGCUUAAAACAUGGCGCUAAGUAGACCUUUUUUUAUUUAUUAGAUAACGUACUAGUGUAUUUAUUGCUAUAUUAUUAUUAUGAUGAUCGCAUCGGCUAAACACCCGAAUGUCCAUUGUUUUUGUCCGUCGUCGUCGUCGUCGUCAUCAAAUCCAAACCGAACCAAAAGCCAUACACAGCAAACAGAGAGAGAGGGGAGAAUAUCCAUCGAACGAACGAAGAACUGCAAGGAAUAGGACCUUCGCGCUUAUUAAAGUCAUCCGAUUCACUUCGCUGUGUCGUGACGGAGACCGCUGGUUCUAUUUUCGAAGCAUGUGCAAUAGAUGUUUUACCCAUUCACAAUCUCCCUUUCCCUGAACGCUUCAAUCGAAAACGCCUCAUGGCUCAUGGCUUUCCUCCAAACGGGCAACUGUGAAUUAUCUGCCGAACGUGUCGACGUUAUCCCCGUUUUAAUCGAAUCGUUGUUAUAGAAAAGAAAAACAAUAAAAAGAAACCCUCAUCUGCUUUCCCAUUUAAAA